ACUCUCUUUGGUUUUUCAUUUUCACACUCAUGUCGGUGUCUGUAGAGCGCGAAAUUGUGUCGUUUCGGGAUUCUGACACUCGGAGCAAUCUUCGAAGAAUUCUUGAGUCAUGCUCUAAAUUGGCAGAGGCUGGAGAUUUUCAUGAGUCUGAAAAGUCAGUUUCAGAGCUUAUUAAGUUUCUUGAUUCUUUGCUGGAUGCUGCUGGGUCUGACCCAGACAGUGAUAAUGCAGAGAAUGUUGCAUUUGAAGCUAUCUCUGAGAUCCAUAGAUAUGUUUGUUCUCCUUCUCUUGACCAGGAAGUUGUUGAUGCCCUUUCCUUUGAACUGCCAAAGGCUAUUUCAAAGUUUGUGGUGGUUUCAAGUAAAUUUUUGGACAUGGCAAUUAGCAUCAUCGAUCAGUUUAUUGAGAAAUGUGGUCCAAGGGAUAUGCUCUCGAUUCUCUGUAACACAUUAGGUUACUCAAGUAAGAUGACCAAGGCUUCCAGUUACAUUCUCCCUCCUUUAUCGGGGCUUUCUAAGGUCUUUAUUUCAAUUCAGAGACGUCAGUUUGAGCAUAUAAAAGAAGCUGUUCCUAUAAUUCUGAAUGUAUUGAAGGCUGUGUCAUUGGAGUCAGAAGAUGAUGAACUUGAGGAUGUGUUUGACAGAGCUGUUGAUAUUGCAAAUUCUAUAUAUGAAGUUUGUAAUAAGUUGGAGAGGGAUGCAAAAGAGAAACUCCGAGAUCUUCUUGGCCUAUAUGUCCUGCAAUGCAUGGCUCUUGUUUCAGCUGGCAUAAGCUAUAAAGCUUCCAGUUGCCCUUCUUUGGUAUUACAAUUGUCACAAAUUUCUUCAUAUUGUGGUUUAUCAUAUCUCAGUCUAUUAACAACUUAUGAUGUAGAGACUGUUGCUGGCUCUGUGUUUGGAGAAGAUAAAGAUCACUGUACUGGUUGUUUAUCCCACGUCAAACAUGGUGCUGCUCUUUCAGUAAUUUGGGGGCAUGUCUCAGAGGGGGUUGCUCAUACUGCUAAAGAGGAUUUGAUUGCCAUCCAGGAUGAACUUCGUAAUAACCAAACAAAAAGGUGGCAAGCAAUAGGAACAUUAAAGCAUGUACUUUCCUUUGUAAAUCUCCCAUGGGAGUUAAAGAAACAUGCUACCGACUUCUUGCUUUGCAUCACAGAUGGAGAUGUCUCUGGAAACUACAAUGAAGAACAUUCUGAAUGGUCAUCUUAUAUGCCAAGUCUUUUCUCGGCUUUGCAGGCUGUAAAAAUGGUUAUCAUGUAUGCCCCAGAGCCAGAACUUAGAAAAAAAUCCUUUGCUGUGUUAAAAGGAGUACUUGCUGAUAUUCCAAUUUCUGAAAGAUUUGACAUUUUGAAAGCGUUGAUUACAAAUACCGACUCUUCCUCAAUGAUCGCCAUUUUCAUCGAUCUUGUCAGGAAGGAAAUGCAUACAACAAUCUGCAGUAGUAGAUCAAUAGUAAAAACUGCCCAGCAGAUAGAUAACAAAGCGUUUCCAGAUACAUCAUUUUGGAAUCCAAGUGUCCUUGAGUUGGUGGAGUUGGUUCUAAGACCUCCACAGGGUGGACCUCCUUCCCUGCCUGAGCAGAGUGAUGCGGUGUUGUCAGCCCUCAACCUAUACAGAUUUGUAUUGAUGACAGAAUCUGCAGAAAAGACAAACCACACUGGAGUGCUGUCAAGGAACAGUUUAGUGAAGGCCUACGAUGAAUGGUUGCUACCUUUGCGUACCUUAGUGACAGGCAUAAUGGCAGAGAGCAAGAGUGAUUAUGAUGAGUUUGCAGUUGACAUUGAAUGCACCCUAAAUCCACUUGAGUUGGUGAUGUACCGGUGCAUUGAACUUGUAGAAGAGAAGCUAAAGCAAUCCACAUAAGCUUCCCCAUUAGCCAUAGGAUUUUUGAAAAAAAAUUGGUACAUGUUAUUUUUGAAAUGUUGAUCAUCUAAAGCAAGUUUAUCGAAUUGCAAUUCAAAUCGUGAA